UAUAAAUUGAUAAGCUCUGGUGUGAUCAUUUCACAUUUCAUCUCCGAUCACAGAGAAGAAAUCCGAUCCUCAAAUAUGAAGGUAUUCGUGAUCCUGGCUUUAGCAGUGGUGGUACGUGGUACUGUCGUGCCAGCAAUUGCAGUUGCUGAGACUGGCGCCAGCGCGCAAUUCAGAAGUGAAGAUAACCUCGGAAAUUACAACUUCGGUUACAACGAAGAUCACACUUCCGGAGGAACCUUCCGUAGGGAAGUUGGUGACGCUCACGGCAAUGUUGCCGGCUCCUAUGGCUUGAGGGAUGCUGACGGAAGAAUCCGUAUCGUCAACUACAUCGCCAACGACGAUGGUUUCAAGGCCGAUAUCAAGACCAAUGAACCAGGCGUUGAACCAAAAGAUCCUGCUGACGCUACCAUCAACAAAGCCGAAUCUGUCAUUGUAGAAUCAGCGAUAGCUCCAGCUCCCUACGUCGCAAUUCCUCAAGAGGAACCGGUUGCAUAUGCAGCGCCAAUUUUCCCUCCUGUGGCAGCUGCUCCUGUUGCUAAAACCAUUGCUGCUCCAAUCACAUACACAUUCCCUGAACCUGCGGCAGUGCCAGUAGCUAAAACUCAUACCACCGUAACAACCGCUGAAGCUAACCCAGUAGUUUACGCAUUCCCUGCCCCAGCUGCUGUACCAGUCGCCAAAUCUCACGCUACUACAACCAUCACCGAAACUAAACCAGUAUCAUAUGCUUUCCCUGCCCCACUCGCUGUACCAGUCGGAAAAUCCCACACCACCACAACAGUUACCGGACCUGCUUCCAGCACCACCAUCACUGAAACUAAACCAGUAGGUUAUGCUUUCCCAGCACCAGCUGCUGUUCCAGUAGCCAAAACCCACACUACAUACGCCGAAACUAAGCCAGUAGCUUAUGCCUUUCCAGCACCAGCUGUUGCACCAGUUGCCAAGUCUCACACCACAACAAUCACCGAAUCUAAGCCAUAUGCUUAUGCCUUUCCAGCACCAGCUGCUGUACCAGUAGCCAAAUCUCACACCACCACAGUUACUGAAACUAAGCCGGUUGCAUAUGCCUUCCCAGCACCAGCUGCCGUACCUGUUGCUAAAUCUCACACAACCACAGUCACUGAGACCAAACCCGUAGCUUAUGCUUUUCCUGAGCCAGCCGCUGUCCCUGUUGCCAAAACCAUCGUCAAUGCACCAGUUGCUGUUGCUGAAGCCGCACCUCUUACUUACGCUUUUCCAGCACCAGCAGCAGUUCCUGUAGCCAAGUCAUCGUCAAUUUCAUACUCACCCAUCAGUUAUGGCCCAGCUGCAAUCAACUAUGGACCUGCUCUUCGCUACACCAUCAACCCUCACUUAAGCGCCCUUACUUACGCAUCUCCCUUCUACAAGUCCAUCUAUUCUCCCUGGGUUGCAUCAGUCGCUGGAUCAGUUCCUUACUUCAAUAACAUCGAAUAUCACGGUUAUCCAGUGGUCAAGAAAUGAAGGAGUAGCUAAAAUGUCUGUUGGCUCAAAUGGCAACUACAGAUCUCUUGUGCCAAUGGUGGACGGCUGGUCGUCCUCUUAGCAUUGUUCCUUCGUCUGUUUGUUCUUUUACGUUUCUUUCAUUUACACUGAGAUGAUUUGUGAUUCAAUAAAGAAUCUUAAAUUAA